GUUAUACUAGACAACGGCCUGGUGAAAGUCAGCCUGUCGAAUCCUCGCGGCGACGUAUCAGAAGUUUGGUACAGAGGAGUCCAGUCGCUGGAACGGCGGAAUCAUGACAAGAACAGAGGAUACUGGGACGUCGUCUGGUACGAACCAGGAAAGCCCGGCAACAUCGACGGGAUGGAGGGAACCGGUUUCAGGAUCGUACACCAGGCCCCCGACCUCAUCGAGGUCGCUUUCUCCAGAAGCUGGAACAUCUCCCGCCGGGGAUCCAUCGCUCCCCUGAACGUGGAGAAGCGUUAUAUAAUGCAGCGAGGCACCUCUGGGUUCUACGCGUACGCCGUCGUCGAGAGGCUCAAAGGGUGGCCGGACACCGUCAUGGACCAGCUCCGGAUUGUCUUCAAACUCGACAAAGACAGGUUUGACUACAUGGCUAUAUCGGAGGAGAGGCAGAGGGUGAUGCCGACGCAGGAGGAUCGUGACCGGGGCAAGCGGCUGGCGUACCCGGAAGCCGUUCUGCUGACGAACACGUCGAAUAAGGCGCUGGAAGGCGAGGUGGAUGACAAGUAUCAGUACUCCUUGGAGCAUCAGGAUGACAGAGUCCAUGGUUGGGUUUCGACCAGGGACCGGAUCGGGUUCUGGUUGGUUUUUCCGAGCUACGAGUUUCGAACCGGUGGGCCGACUAAGCAAGAACUCACCUCCCAUGUCGGCCCCACUCUUCUCGGCAUGUUCGGUUCGACCCAUUACGCCGGGAGCGACAUCGACACAACGUAUAGAAGCUCCGAGGCUUGGAAAAUGGUGUACGGCCCUGUUUUCAUCUACCUCAAUUCUGCUUCUACUGGUAGCUCCCCUAGAGUUCUUUACCAAGAUGCCCAAUUAAAGAUGAAGCUAGAAGAGAGCAAAUGGCCCUAUGGUUUCGUCCAUUCUGACGAUUUUCCGUCAUGGCAACAACGUGGGUCUGUUUCGGGUCGACUCGUAAUCAAAGAUCCUUUUAGAUAUAUGAAGACGAUGUAUGGAAGUGGGGCACAUAUGGGACUAGCGCCGCCUGGAGCGCCAGGUUCAUGGCAAAGAGACGGCAAGAACUACCAGUUCUGGAACAAGACAAACAAUCACGGCGGCUUUUCAAUAAACAACGUCAGACCUGGAACGUAUAGUUUGUACGGUUGGGUUCCUGGCCUUCUAGGAGAUUACAAGUUCCACAAGGAUGUUGUCAUUACGCCAGGGUCACACACUGAACUGGGUUUCCUAGUGUUCGAGCCACCGAGAAAUGGUCCGACCGUAUGGGAAAUCGGGGUACCCGACCGGUCAGCUGCAGAGUUCUUCGUCCCGGAACCUGAACCGACCUACAUCAACAAGUUGUACAAGAAUCUCCCCAAGGAUUGGUAUCGACAGUACGGAUUGUGGGAGAGGUACUCAAAGUUGUUCCCGGUGACAGACGUGAAUUUCACCAUCGGUGUUCAUGAUUACAGCAAAGAUUGGUACUUUGCCCAAGUCACAAGGAAAAGCGGUGCCAUCAAAUUUCAAGCAACAAACUGGCGGAUAAAUUUCGAUCUCCAAGAAGUGGAUUCCAGCGGGAACUACACGUUUCGGAUGGCACUGGCGGCCGCAUUUGACUCUAAAGUUGAAAUUAUGUUCAACUACCCGUACGAUCGGCAGCCGGUGUACAUAACGGAGCGGGUCGGGACCGAUAACGGAAUAGCAAGGCACGGGAUCCAUGGGCUGCACUGGAUUUACGCCGUCAACGUGCCGCCGAAUGUGCUGAGGAAAGGGCCCAACUGGUUUAUUUUGAGGCAGGCCCACGCAAUGGGGCCUUUCAACGGCGUUAUGUAUGAUUAUCUCCGCUUGGAAGGCCCACCUAAGAAAGCCCGCUAA